AUGAGUACACCGGAGCGCAUACAGUCUGCAAGUGAUGUGUCCAACAAGCUUCAGGACCUUCCUGCCGAGAUCCGACUCGAAGUAUUCAGAUACGCGUUCGAUUACGGUGCAAGAGCUCCCGUCACCGUCCAGAAGGAUACAACUGAGCUUUCAUGGGUGUCGUAUGACCCACGGAGCCAACUAUACAAUUGGUGCAACGAAAAACUGGUUGGGCUCAACAUCGCCCUGGAGGCGGCUGAGGCGUUAUAUGGAUGUGUCUGGUUCGAGCUGGCUGCGUUUGAAAGCACUCCCUGCUUCAUCAAGUCAUCGAUAGCUGUACGAUAUUUCAAGCCCGGAGACCACGUCAAAAACAUUAGCUUCGAAAUUGGCGAACCCAACUUUUACACUGACUUCGAUACUCGAUAUCGACCACCCCCAUACGAGCAUGUUGAUGUGCACCCGCAAGCUUGGAAAUGCCUUGAGUUGCUUUUAGAGAUGCCGAAGCAUUCCCUGCCGUUGGGCGGGAGAAGAGUUUCUUGCGAUGGCCCCUACUAUCAUUGGCUUGAGAAGGCGGACGACGACCCAGAUGCGUACGAGCAGGACGGAGAUGAUGAAUCGAUGUGGUCCGAAGCCGAUUAUUCGAGAAACGAGUUCCAGCACUCGAGACAGAAGGUCAAGGGUGAAACUUGCGACCCUGGAGCAUGGUUGAAAUUGCAGCAUAAUAGGAAGUAUCAAGGGGGUGAUGAUAUGCCUGAAGAUGGACUGUCGGACCUUGGCAUGAACGAAGCCUUGAAUAAAGCCCCAGUUCAAGAGCAUGUUCACGCUGAUACAAACAAUGAGAUUAGCUUCAAAGCCGAGGUGCAAAUAGAAGAUCAACCCGACUCUAAUUGGGAGCGUCAAGAACCUGAGUGGUUAUAUGAUGAUCAGAGCUUCCUCGACUAUCAGCGCUCAAAGAACUCCUGGACACCUCCCCAGCGCAUUGAAAAAAUAUUCGAUACACCAACAACGGAUGACUACGAGACUAUGCGAAUGUACGACGAGGAUCCUGAGAGAUUCUGGAGGCUACCUAACGUUUCUAAGUACCACAUAUUUCUGCACAAACAUCUACAAAAGCCAGUAUCGCACAAAAGGUCGAUACCAGAGGUCGAGGAAUAA